AUGAGGGAGCAGCCGGGAUCUGCCGUGCCUGGAAUCCCCGGGGGAGCAUCCCACGGGCUGCUCCUGCUCUCUAGGGCUGGAAACCGCUUCGUGCUGGGCUUUGCACAGGGUGACAGCCCUGCUGUGCUGCCUAAAGUAGGAAGUGGAAAGACACUGGAAGAGGUGGCUAUGGCAGACUCUGAAAUAGCAGAAAUAGACAAGCUGACGGCAGGAGUUAUCAAUGCCCCGUUGGACAUUGUCAAGAAAGUGGGUAAAUUCAAGCGUAGUGUUGAAGCUGUUGAGGAAGCAGAGCCUCCAUUGCUCCCUCAGCCAAAGAAAUCCAGAGUUGACAACCAGUGUCCUUCAGAGACAGAGGCUGAGAACAUCAAUCCAAGAACUGCCAAGGUGAAGGCAUCCACCAAAAAGCCACCCCUGGCCAGGAGACCCCCCUCAGCGAGAGUGAAGCACAUGAGCAAGAGAUCAAGCAAAAACAGCUUUAUCACUCCAGCCACCGGCAGAAUGGUUGAAAGCUGCGCUCGGGGAGGCACCUCCAUGGUUACACCCAGAUUUGAUUCCAGGCUGUUCCGGACGCCGGGGCUGCGCACGCCUGCCCUCAACGAGCGCGUUUACACCGUCUCUGCCAACGGCAGCCCCCUGGCCGACAGCGGCGACGCCGUGCUCACCCUGCCCCUCGGAGGGGGGGAGAGCAUACGUUUGACAGCAAAGAAUUUGACCAAGAGGAAUUUUCUUCAGCUGAACCCCAAGGCCCGAGGGCUCGUGAAGGAGCUGUCGGUUUGUCUUGCACAGGCUUGCAACGAGACAAAAAUACCCCUAGAUGGAAGUCAAUGAGCAAUGACAUCCCUCUGUAAAUCCAUUUUAUGUUUAGGACUGCUACCUUCAUUUAGUUUUUGCUCUAAUUUGUAGCUUUCUUCCAUUGAUCUACAGCAUGGAAGCUAAAAACUAGUUAUUCUACCUAUAAUAUGUAAUGGGAUCAAAAUAAAUUGAUUUUUUUUUUAAUCUGAGGAGAAAAA